ACUUGUGCUGAUUAAUCAGGAAGAUCACGAGGGACAGACAACAGCUCACCUCGAUCUCAGCUCAACCAGGGGCUCAACACUGCCACUCAGCAAAAAUAGCCUAGACUCGUUCAAAUUAUAGACCAAACCGGUCGAUAUAUUAUUCAAUAUAUCAUUCCUUAUAUGAUAUAUGAUAUAUCUCUUCUCUCAUGAGAACUAGGCUGUAGUUUAUUUCUGAACGUUUGGCGACACGAGCCGAGCCUACUAUAUGAGGACAGAUCACGAGGACAGAUUCGUACUUUUUGUUGAAUAUUCAUUGAGCUGUAUUCAGCACCUGCUCAGAACCUCUGCAUUUAACCUGUCCUAUCUGGCCCACCCCUGGAUGGACGCAUGCCUGGGGGCGGGUACCGAAGACAACAAACUGCGCAGCUGUGCCACCUAUAUUGUUUUUUUAAUGACAUUUACACUAAUAGGUUGACUACUAACUUGUCCAUGGCUUAAUGGUAUAAUGUAAUUGAGCUUGUUUGAUAUUUUAGUGCAAGCAACUGCAGACACUGAUCUACAUCACCUUGCCUCAUAACUACUCAUUUAUUAUUUGUAGAUUUAAGUCAGACACUCAUGAUUUACCCAAAAUGCAAUGUUCUUAAUGAACUCUUUUCUGAUUAGCCAAUUCUUUAACAAUUUUGCUCCGUGUCUCUCCAUGGGCCUCAUGUCAUGCUGUUUCUCAGGUUCUACAGACGAGGAUGGGCCUCAUGUCAUGCUGUUUCUCAGGUUCUACAGACGAGGAUGGGCCUCAUGUCAUGCUGUUUCUCAGGUUCUACAGACGAGGAUGGGCCUCAUGUCAUGCUGUUUCUCAGGUUCUACAGACGAGGAUGGGCCUCAUGUCAUGCUGUUUCUCAGGUUCUACAGACGAGGAUGGGCCUCAUGUCAUGCUGUUUCUCAGGUUCUACAGACGAGGAUGGGCCUCAUGUCAUGCUGUUUCUCAGGUUCUACAGACGAGGAUGGGCCUCAUGUCAUGUUCUUUCUCAGGUUCUACAGACGAGGAUGGGCCUCAUGUCAUGCUGUUUCUCAGGUUCUACAGACGAGGAUGGGCCUCAUGUCAUGCUGUUUCUCAGGUUCUACAGACGAGGAUGGGCCUCAUGUCAUGCUGUUUCUCAGGUUCUACAGACGAGGAUGGGCCUCAUGUCAUGUUCUUUCUCAGGUUCUACAGACGAGGAUGGGCCUCAUGUCAUGCUGUUUCUCAGGUUCUACAGACGAGGAUGGGCCUCAUGUCAUGUUCUUUCUCAGGUUCUACAGACGAGGAUGGGCCUCAUGUCAUGCUGUUUCUCAGGUUCUACAGACGAGGAUGGGCCUCAUGUCAUGCUGUUUCUCAGGUUCUACAGACGAGGAUGGGCCUCAUGUCAUGUUCUUUCUCAGGUUCUACAGACGAGGAUGGGCCUCAUGUCAUGUUCUUUCUCAGGUUCUACAGACGAGGAUGGGCCUCAUGUCAUGCUGUUUCUCAGGUUCUACAGACGAGGAUGGGCCUCAUGUCAUGUUGUUUAAUUAAUGUUGGCUAGUACCUAUGAGUUUAUGGCACCCACAGCCUCUCUCGCUGAACUAACACACAACAACAGGAUUAAAUACAAUCUACUGGUCCCUAAACACAACAUCCUGACCUGGUCUCACACAUGCACGAACAAACACACAUCCAUACACAAACACACAUGUAUGCACAUGCAAGCACACACGCAUGAACACACACACAUGAACACACACACAUGAACACGCACACAUGCAUGUAUGACUAAACUCAGCAAAAAAAGAAACGUCCUCUCACUGUCAACUGCAUUUAUUUUCAGAAAACUUGACAUGUGUAAAUAUUUGUAUGAAAAUAAUUUUAUUUAUUUAACUAGGCAAGUCAGUUAAGAACAAAUUAUUAUUGUCAAUGAUGGCCUAGGAACAGUGGGUUAACUGCCUGUUCAGGGGUAGAACGACAGACCUUGUCAGCUUGGGGAUAUGAACUUGCAACCUUUCCGUUACUAGUCCAACACUAGUCCAACCACUAGGCUACCCUGCCGCCCCAACAGGAUUCAACAACUGAGACAUGAAAUUAACAAGUUCCACAGACAUGUGACUAAUAGAAAUGGAAUAAUGUGUCCCGGAUCAAAAUCAAAAGUAACAGUCAGUAUCUGGUGUGGCCACCAGCUGCAUUAAGUACUGCAGUGCAUCUCCUCCUCAUGGACUGCUCCAGAUUUGGCAGUUCUUGCUGUGAGAUGUUACCCCACUCUUCCACCAAGGCACCUGCAAGUUCCCGGACAUUUCUGGGGGGAAUGGCCCUAGCCCUCACCCUCCGAUCCAACAGGUCCCAGACGUGCUCAAUGGGAUUGAGAUCCGGGCUUUUCGCUGGCCAUGGCAGAACACUGACAUUCCUGUCUUGCAGGAAAUCACGCACAGAACGAGCAGUAUGGCUGGGGGCAUUGUCAUGCUGGAGGGUCAUGUCAGGAUGAGCUGCAGGAAGGGUACCACAUGUGGGAGGAGGAUGUCUUCCCCUUAACGCACAGCGUUGAGAUUGCCUACAAUGACAACAAGCUCAGUUUGAUGAUGCUGUGACACACCGCCCCAGACCACGACGGACCCUCCACCUCCAAAUCGAUCCCGCUCCAGAGUACAGGCCUCGGUGUAACGCUCAUUCCUUCUACGAUAAACGCGAAUCCGACCAUCAGUGAGACAAAACCGCGACUCGUCAGUGAAGAGUACUUUUUGCCAGUUCUGUCUGGUCCAGUGACUGUGGGUUUGUGCCCAUAGGUGACGUUAUUGCUGGUGAUGUCUGGUGAGGACUUGCCUUACAACAGGCCUACAAGCCCUCAGUCCAGCAUCUCUCAGCCUAUUGCGGACAGUCUGAGCACUGAUGGAGGGAUUGUGCAUUCAUGGUGUAACUCGGGCAGUUGUUGUUACCAUCCUGUACCUGAGGUGUGAUGUUCGGAUGUACCGAUCCUGUGCAGGUGUUGUUACACGUGGUCUGCCACUGUGAGGACGAUCAGCUGUCCAUCCUGUCUCCCUGUAGCGCUGUCUUAGGCGUCUCACAGUACGGACAUGGCAAUUUAUUGCCCUGGACACAUCUGCAGUCCUCAUGCCUCCUUGCAGCAUGCCUAAGGCACGUUCACGCAGAUGAGCAGGAACCCUGGGCAUCUUUCUUUUGGUGUUUUUCAGAGUCAGUAGAAAGGCCUCUUUAGUGUCCUAAGUUUUCAUAACUGUGACCUUAAUUGCCUACCGUCUGUAAGCUGUUAGUGUCCACCGCUCCACAGGUUCAUGAAUUGUUUAUGGUUCAUUGAGUAAGCAGGGGAAACCCUUCAUAAUGAGGACAUGUGAAGUUAUUUGGAUUUUUACGAAUUAUCUUUGAAAGACAGGGACCUGCUGAAAAAGGAAAGUUCCUUUUUUUGCCGAGUUUAAUAUAUAAUAAUAAUAUAUGCCAUUUAGCAGACGCUUUUAUCCAAAGUGACUUACAGUCAUGUGUGCAUACAUUCUACGUAUGGGUGGUCCCGGGAAUCGAACCCACUACCCUGGCGUUACAAGCACCAUGCUCUACCAACUGAGCUACAGAAG